AGUGGAAGUUCUUGAUAAAAAAUAUAUCAACGGCAACGAUCAUCAGGUAUCGUCCGGUACAAAAAGUGAAAAUAUCAACUUUUUUCGCAUUUUUUAAAUUUGAACGUUUUUCUCAUCAACCACCAGUAACAUUUAAAUGGUCGAUUAUGACAUUUUUCCUUAAAUUACUACACUUUUCUUUUCCUAUUAUCUUUGCUAGGAAAAAGAAGAAAUUCAAAUAGGAGUUUUUUGUCAAUCUUAAUAUUUUCCGUUCAGUACAAAGUUGUUACAUAUUUGUUAUUUUUUUAUUGUUGAAAACAUUUAUUUAUUUUUAUUUAUCAUGAAACAAAUUUAAUAUUUGUAAACAAUUGAAAUAAAUCAUUUUGAAAUGGGUAGAACGGGAUCAAGGCGUAGUAGAUACACUAAUACAACGUAUUCAACUGUUUUACUCCACAGAAACGAUGAUCCCAAGAAAACUCAAGGAUGGUUUGGAACAAGGCAUACCGUCACCUUUAUGCUAUUUCUCGGUAUGGCAAACGCUUACAUCAUGCGUACCAACAUGUCAGUCGCUAUCGUCGCUAUGGUCAAUCAUACGGCCAUAGGUGGGAGUUCCCACGACACUGCCAUCUCUGUCGAUGAUGAAUGCGGCCUUGAAACAAAUAUUAAUUCAACAAAUACGGCUAAGCAUGAAGCCGAAGGCGAAUACCUCUGGCCAACUGACGUUCAAGGCUAUAUCCUCAGCUCAUUUUUCUAUGGCUACGUUCUUACCCAAAUUCCUUUCGGAAUAUUAGCCAAACGUUAUGGAAACAUUUACUUCUUAGGCAUUGGAAUGUUGAUCAACUCGUUGUUCGGACUCCUCGUACCAAUAUCGGCCAAGAUGGGCAUUUGGUGGCUGAUCGGGGUUAGAUUUAUUCAGGGCUUGGGGGAGGGCCCUAUUGUCCCAUGCACACACUCGCUCCUGGCAAAAUGGAUCCCUCCAAACGAGAGAAGUCGAAUGGGAGCUUUCGUAUAUGCAGGAGCACAAUUUGGAACUGUAAUAUCUAUGCCUCUUAGUGGUCUCCUAUCAGAAUGCAGAUUUGGUUGGCCUUCAAUCUUUUACGUUUUUGGUACUGUUGGCACCAUCUGGUGUAUAUUCUUUUUACUUAUGGUUCAUGAGGACCCACAAAGCAACCCAAAAAUGAAGGUUGAAGAGAGGCUUUAUAUACAGAAAGAGUUAGGAAGUAAAGUUGGAUUGCCGAUUCCACCAAUCCCAUGGAUGUCUAUUCUCACAUCUAUGCCAUUCUAUGCUAUCCUUCUAGCUCACAUGGGUCACAAUUACGGGUACGAAACGCUUAUGACAGAGCUUCCAACAUAUAUGAAACAAAUACAUCACUUUAGUAUUAAAGAUAACGGAGUAUUAUCAGCUCUUCCAUAUUUAGCCAUGUGGAUAUUCUCUAUCUUCAUCAGCCAUGUUGCCGAUUUUAUGUUAACUAAACCUUAUUUCUCUCACACUCUCGUCAGAAAAAUCAUCAAUGGAAUUGGACAGUACGGACCAGCCAUAGCUCUAGUCGCUGUUUCCUUCACUGGAUGUGAUAAAUGGUUAACAGUAGCCAUUUUGACCAUUGGGGUUGGUUUGAACGGUGGCAUCUAUUCUGGUUUUAAAGUAAAUCACUUGGAUAUCUCACCUCAGUUUGCGGGUAUACUGAUGUCCUUCACAAAUUGUAUGGCUAACCUUGCAGGAUUAUUGGCACCCAUUUAUGCUGGUCAUGUUGUGGUGGGAACGCCUAGUAUUGCAAAGUGGAGAACAGUGUUCAUAACCGCCGCUAGUGUCUAUGCAGGUUGCUGUACUUUUUACGUAUUCUUCGCUUCUGGACAACGUCAGUCCUGGGAUCAACCACCAGAGGAAACUCAAAGAAAAAGACCAAACGAUGAACCCGAAGUAGUGACAACUCGUGCUUAAUUUUUAAUUUACAUACUUGAAAAUAUUGUGAUUUUAUCUUAAAGUUAAAAGUAAGAUGUAAGGAUAAGUUUUAUGAGACUAGAUUGUAUUAUCAGGUUUUUAAAAUGUUUUUCGCAUUCCGGUUCCCAGUUUCUAGCUUCGUCGGUUGUUCAACUCGCCAGGGUGAAGAUUCCUUUCCGACAUUACAUUCUGAAUCCCGCCUAGUCAGAAUUGUUGCGGCUUUCCCGUUUUCCAUCUUUCCCUUGGCAUCCAUUUUAAAAUUUAUUUUAGCAGUCUGACCUCGUCCAUUCUUUCUACAUGACCAUACCAGAUCAGUUGUCUCCUUUGAAUUUCAUCUAUGAUAGUUGACUUGACUUCCAUGAUACGUCUGACUUGGUCAUUUUGUAUUCUUUCAAGCCUUGAUUUUCUAAAUAAUCUUCUCCAAACGUUCAUUUCUAAUGCAAUUAAGUAGGCGUCGUUCCAGAGAUUUAGUAAGUUUCCAUGUUUCGCAUCCAUAGAGCGAUAGCACUAAACUUUUAAAUUCUUGAUUGUUUCAAGUUCGCUGACCACUAGAUCUUCUGCUUCAUUCCAGAUGCAUAAGUAUUGUGUUGUGUUUCUAAGUAUUUACAGAAAGGCCCCACUCUUCAUGUUUACAAUAACCAUCUCGUCAUGAAUUCUUAAUCUUCCUUGUCUGUUUUCACUACGACUUGUUCUUGUCGUAACCCUUUUGUUACUGGAAAUUCUUCCGAUAAGAUGUUAUUUAUUUUGAUUUAUGAUGUUAUUACCUUCUUUUAUAAUUGUUUGACUGUGGCGAUGAUCGUGCUAUUUAAUACCGGAUUUAUACUCAGCCCUGUUCGACAGGGAAUUGGACAGGGAAGUGGGCAGCGUGAUUGUGUAAAUAGCUCACUCGCGCUUUUACUCGUCAUGCUACUGCCACUGCACCUACAUACCCAAAAAGUCGGUUCUAGUGACGGAAGUCAAAGGAGAGAAGUCAAAGGCGGCUUCGCCGCCGGCAGAGCGGCAAGUGAGUAAGGGAGCAAGGCGAUGUUGUUGUCACAUUCCUUUCUUGUGACUCGUUCGGUAAUGAGACUGAUGUAAACACCUCACUCGUGUCGAGAUCAUAUUUCGGGCAAUAUUUCCGUCAACGGCAGCGGCAGUAGCAAUAGCUGAGUAUAACGAAGAUCGUUCAAGAGACUGUCGCAGAUUUCUCACCGGAAUCGUCCCAUAUUCUUUUGUUAGAUCCACAAAUGAGAUAUGUAUUUCCUGACUCCUUGCAAGUUUCUUUUCAUUAAGUUCUGUUAGGGUAAAUAUGUGGUCUACGCAAGAUCUUCCAGCUCCAAAUCCUGCUUGAUGUUCAAUUUCAUUAAGUUCGAAUUCUUUCUCAAUAAUUUUUAAAGUUAUGCUACUUUAGGCACGAGGGUGAAUUUUUACAUUCCCCGGCGCAUGCGCACACCGACAGUAUGGUAUUAGUCACUACAUCUUUAUGUAGCGCAAAUAAGGUGUGCGUGAAUAGAAUAUAUUAUUAGUGUUUUUAGUAAAUAUAUUUAUUAUAAUUUUUGUGUCUUUGGAUGUGUCUUCCUCGGGAAUAAGAUAUUUUAUAAUAAUAGUAAGUAUAUUUAAGUAUUUUUGUAUACUUCACUUGGCCUAUUAAAUUUGUCAGUACCUAUGUAUGAGAAAUCUUGUAACCUGUCAAAGCAAAGGGAGUAUAGCUCAGUGGUAGAGCGUGUGACCAGAGAUCGAGAGGUUCUCGGUUCGAAUCCGUGUGUUUUCUAAUUUUUUUAAUUUUUGGUAUUGUUUUAAUAAAAAUUUGUGGAAAGUAGUAAGUGAAAAUUAAUUUAAUCUUGAAAUAAAAUACAAAUAACCUGUUAAAAGUAUAUUUAUUUCAUUGAAAUCAUAUACUAGAAGUACAACUUCUUACGUGCGUACAAAGUACACACACAUUCUUUUUUUUUUGAGAUUUUACUAAACAGCCUGCUAAAGGUACUAGUGACCGAGAUACACUUGUAGUUUCUGCAAAUAUCUUUUGGACCUUUUUUUUGUGAGUUGUAGUAAUCCAUGCUUCUUUCCAAUUCUUCACAAUUUCUUCCCCAUUUAAGUAUCUUGUGAACAGCUUAGAUAGCGUAUUAUUAGUUUUGGUGUUCCGUUUUUUAGAAGUUCUGCUGGUAUAUAUGUUCUCCGGCCCGGGUGCUUUGUUUGUGUACCGUAUAAUUGUGCAAUUUUGCGGUUUCCCAACUUCAUUGCACAAUUAUACCUGUUCGUCCCAAGAAAAUAGCCGCAACUAUUUUCUCCACUCGAACGCACACUGUCCACGCUGCACUCAAAGCCACCUCCUGACCGCCGACGAGGGACGCAGGCUCGCCUGUCGUUGUACAAUGGUUUCUAGGGAGACUGGUCGAGAGCAAAGCACGGACAGUACACGUAAAUGUCUAUGGAACCAACAACAAUCCAUCAAACUUUCUUCUCUGUUGUCUUCUUAGCCUUCCGGACACCACCGUCCGGCACCACAGGAUCCAAAAACACCAGGACACGGCGCUUGCCCCAGUGUGUUUUCGGGCUGUUUGCUUUUGCUGCUAACACUAAAUAUUCACUACAAACCCUGAAGAGGACAAAAUCCUAAACGGGGAAAAUCAUUGAAAGCAUUUCCACAUAGCACUUUAUCUAUACACGCAAAUCAAACAAUGGUAGUAGUGCUUUGUUGUUCUUCAUGGAUUUAAGUGCCUGUUGUAUUUGAUCGUCUUCCUAGACAACGAAUGAAAUUAUUAAAUUUCCCUAAAACUACUGUUGGGUUAUCUUAGACUGUGACGAAGUUGAAUUCAGUAUGUCAAUGAAAAGAGAAGACUUGCUAACACGCUCAUUCACUAUUUAUUAAACAAUCAAUUAAGCUUAACUAGGACACUUUUUGUCAUUAUUAAAUUGUAAAAAGAAUUUCUUCUGCAUUCGCAAUAAUAAAAUAGUCCAAGUGAAAAUAGAGACUUAACAAUUUUGUAUUCAAUGUUAAUGUUGAGUUUAAAAAUUUUUAUAAAAAUUUGCUUGUUUUAUAUGCUUUUUGGUGGGCAUAUCACCACAAUUCCAACAGUAUUAUAUAUUUAGGCAAAACAUAUUGAGUAAAAUAUUAUUCAUUAUCAUUUGAUGAUCAGUAGGUUUUGGAUUUAAAAGCAAAAAGCGCUUAAAAAGCAUAACGAUUUUAUGAAAAAUAAAAGUAUGCAUAUAAGCAUAUAAAUGUUGACAAACCAUUUUUUGACGAAAAUUGGCAUAUUAAAUAAUAACAUAUUAUAUGAUAGUUUCUAGUCUUAGCUUAAGAACUCGUAGGUACCUAUUAUAAAUUUAAAAAUAAAUUACAAUAAACAAAAAACUAGAUAACUGAAAUAAAAAUGUGCUUUGUUUUCUGGCCUUGAUAAAACAAAAAAAUGCUUUAACCUAAUUUUUAUCGACAUACCUUAGAUAAAGGAAAAUAAAUAUAAUUUUUGAUAAAGCACCAAAUAAGCACACAUUUAAAAAAAAAUACGAAAUUAAAAAAAAAUCAGAAAAAUCAGUCAAAUGACUUAUUUUUGCAUAUUUCGUUCGUAUUUAAAAAAAGUCUCCUGGUUUUAUUAUUUACCAUAAGAAUUCUGCUUAGAGAUUCGGACUAUAUUCAUUAUUAUUUGAUGGCCAGUCUCAUAAAACUGAUCCUAUUAAAUUGGUUUCAUAGUGAAACAAUAUAUUAUUACCGAAAGUAUUUCCAGUACAAUUUUUAAGAAUAUUGUGGAUUGUUCAUAUUUCAGCUUAAAAUUGGAAUUAACUAUGUUGUAUUUAAAAUAUUCCAAAUCAAUUUAGUUAAAUAUUAGAUAUAGGGCUUUUCAUUCACAGUCAUUUGUUUCGAGCUUCUGUCAUGUGUCACAUAAAAUUAAUAUAUCUACGUCAUACGUUAUUGGUAUCCACAUCCACCAUGAUACAAACCGAAGACGUAUGACGAAGAUAUAUUAAUAUUAUGUGACACAUGACAGAAGCUCGAAACAAAUGACAAUCGAUGAAAAGCCCUAUUAGUUCAGUCGCAGUUUAAUGCUAAAAAAUCAGUUAAUUUACUCUCGAAUUUUGACGGUUCCAAUAGGGCUUUUCAUCCAUUGUCAUUUGUUUCGAGCUUCUGUCAUGUGUCACAUAAUAUUAAUCUAUCUACGUCAUUGUAAAAUACCAAUAACGUAUGACGUAGAUAUAUUAAUAUUAUGUGACACAUGACAGAAGCUCGAAACAAAUGACUGCGAAUGAAAAGCCCUAUUUUGGUAUCAAACUCUGAGACAAAGUUUUGAAUGCGUGACGAUAAUGACCAAUCAUGGCAAAUGCGCAAUGAUAAUGACCAAUCACGGCAAACGUAGAGUAGUUAACUGUCAUUCAUCUGCGCAAACGCUGACAUUUUUGAUACGCCGUCACCAAUUAUGGAACAUAGAGAACAAAGUAUUUUCGCUGAGUGACCCUACAGAUUCGUUAACAUUAUGCUGUGGUUCACUGACGUAUUAACUUUACUGUUGUAUGAACAAACCCCAGAAAAACUUGUAAAUAUUGUAACAAAGCAUAAAAAAUGUGCCUCAACAUUUUCGACAGUGUUUUAUUAUUUAUUAAGUACGGGUUAUUUACUGAAAUAAAGAAAGAUAUAAUGAAGUAUUAUGUAUUUUAUAUAAUAUUGAUUAGUGACGAGAUUAGAAAUAGGUUAAGUUUAAUACCUUUAGGUAUCCCGAAAACGUUGUUUUUUGCAUGUUUAAAUAACAACGUUUUCUGGUACAAGGAAUAUUUGUUGUACAUUACCUUAUCUGAGAAUAAAAUUUUUCUAAACACA